CCCUCCUCCUCGCACUUGCGCCUGGUAUAAGAGUCGCCGUCACCCACCUUUCACACUUCCAUCUUUCCUUCCUUCUUCAUCCAUCCAUCACUCAUCACGCACAUACGCUUCCAUCAAUCAAUUUCAUCCCACAUACUUGUUCCAUCCAUCGUCGCUUUUUGCGCAAUCGAAUCAAUCACCAAAAAUGGCACCAAAAGCUGCUGAGAAGAAGCCCACCACUGGUGGCAAGGCCCCCGCUGGAAAGGCUCCUGCUGCCGAGAAGAAGGAAGCUGGCAAGAAGACCGCCGCUGCCCCCUCUGGUGACAAGAAGAAGCGAGGCAAGACGCGAAAGGAGACCUACUCCUCUUACAUCUACAAAGUCCUCAAGCAAGUCCACCCUGACACCGGUAUCUCCAACCGUGCCAUGUCCAUCUUGAACUCUUUCGUCAACGACAUCUUCGAGCGUGUCGCCACCGAAGCCUCCAAGCUUGCUGCCUACAACAAGAAGUCCACAAUCUCCUCCCGAGAGAUCCAAACAUCCGUCAGACUCAUCCUGCCUGGUGAACUCGCCAAGCACGCCGUGUCCGAGGGUACCAAGGCCGUGACCAAAUACUCUUCUCAAAGCAAGUAAUUGGUUUCAAGUUUGUGGGGGUGAUUGGUUCUUGGUUGGCUUUUGCGUGUCUUUUCUGCAAAUGGGGUUGUGGGCACAAAUGGAACAACGGUGUUGAAAUGGGUUUUUGUCAACACAUUACGAUGCGUCAUGGGAAUCGGGGAUUAUUGACAAUGUGAUGAGCUGUGCACGGUCAUGCUUGCUCAUCAACAGCAAUCAUGCUUUACGAGUCUCUACUGAGAGAAGCUUUCGCGCUAUGUACAAUAUUCACCACGCUGAAGCAUGAAGUUUCAGAUCUCCAGACUGGCUGGGUUGUGAGACAUUCGAAUUGAAAGCAUGAAAUCAAACCGUCCUGACUUCAAUCUUGUCUUGGUUCGCGCCGCAUUGGACUCCUUGCGUGAAAUCUAGACGGUCAUAGCUCAGAGUUCCAAUGUUUUGGUACGCGUUUAUGGAGUUGCGCGCUAGAGGCGCCACAUAUUCAACAUGGACCACGUGAAGAUAAACAAGGACUGUUGCCCAGAGCGUGUCUCACAAUAUUGUUUGAGACUCUCGCGGGAAAAUAGUGUGUGUUCGCGCGGUGAAACAAGCAAAACAUUGAUCUUGUUGGGCAACUGCCGCCCGUACAGGCGGUCAUACUUUUCUCCCGAGCACGACCAAGUAAUGUACUCCAAUUCACAAUUCCGACCCAGCAACACCGACGAGAUGGAGGACAACACUCGGCUGUCGUACAGUCUUUGCCCAUUCUCCCUUGCUAACGACCCAGAUACUCCCAAGGCGUCCCAUAGUCAUUAGCCGUAUUAGUACUCCGUAGUUGAACUCUUGUCAUG